AUAGCUGAAGAAGGAACGAACGUCACCAUCCAAUGCACUGUUAUUGGUCAGCCGCGUCCAAUUUUCAAGUGGUCCAAGUCAGUGGGUAGUUUGCCUAAAGACAGAGUUACGUUCAAGAAUGGAACACUGAAAAUUUCUAAUUUGACGAGACAAGACGGUGGAACAUAUAUCUGUAAAGUAGCGAACAUUCUUGGAUCAGCAACAGACACCGCUCAACUCACAGUAUUUUCUCCUCUAAGGUUCAAAGUCCGUCCUCCACCAGAACUAACUCCUGCUAUUCGUUCAAGUGUUCGUCUACCUUGUAUGGCCGAGAGCGACCUGAGACCUUUUAUCACUUGGACAAAGGAUGGCAAGUCUUCGCUUGAUGUGGACUCCAAUGUUUUGCAAAAUGGAACACUGGUAAUAAACAACAUCAAGAAAUUACACGUAGGAUGGUACACCUGUAGAGCAGCUAAUGCUCUGACGGCAAUAGAAACCAAAGUCAAAAUUAACAAUCCGCUGAACAUCACUUCUUGUUCUGCUAUAAGAAAAUACAUCAGCAAUAGAAGUGGAAAUUAUGUCAUUGAUACCGAUGGCGAGGGUCCUUUAGCACCAUUUACAGUAUAUUGUGACAUGAGUGACAAGAAUGGAGUUGGCGUGACAGUCAUUAGUCACGACAGUGAAAGCAGAACACACGUGAAUGGAUAUGAGGCCCAUGGUAGUUACUCACGAGAUAUUCAUUACACAGGAGCGAGUCUGUCCCAGCUGGCGAGUCUCACCAGAGUCUCCUCACACUGUGAACAGUUUAUCAAGUACGAGUGUCAUGGUGCACUACUAUUAAAGGAAAGACAUUCGUGGUGGGUGUCACGUGAUUCUAGAAACACGACUUACUGGGGUGGAGCAUCUCCUAAUAGUGGCAAGUGCGCAUGCGGAAUGACCAACUCCUGUGCAGACCCCAGUGUUGGCUGUAACUGCGAUAUGAAUGACGAUGUAUGGCGUGAAGACAGCGGUCUCCUCACUGAAAAGAAAGAUCUUCCAGUGAAACAGUUGAGGUUUGGUGAUACUGGUCUUGCCAGCCUUGAGGAAGGUUAUCACACCCUGGGAAAACUGAAAUGUUAUGGCACAGCAUAAACUUUCCUUUCUCUACAAGAAAUAUAUUGUUAUCUAUGUGCAUAUUGUAAUCUAUGUGUACCGCUACAUCUGGACGCAGCAUUGACACGCCUAUUCAUCCGUUUAUCCCUUACAGCAGCCUUGACUAUUGCAAUAGCCCAUUCAGAUGGUUCAGCGAAGUGCGGCCAUCCAUUUUCCAAACUGCAAGGUAUCAUGAAUGCAUGUGCUCGCCAGGUUUAUUGAGUGCCGAAAUCAGGUCACAUCACACCUUGCUUCGCGAAUUGCACAAGCUAUCUGUUUGCCAACGCAUAGAAUUUAAGAUAAUGAUCAUUAUAUUUAAGAUAUUGCAUGUCAUGGUGCAUGAGUUUAUAUUACCGCCGUUCAGGAAUAAUGACGACGCCAUCAUUUCUCUGGUAUGCUAUCGGCAUUCCCAAAGGUGAUAACAAGAAUACUUUGGGAGGAAGAUCAUUUAAUAGUGCUACCUCUAAGCUUUGGAAUCUUCCUCCGCGUUCAAUUCGACCUAGCUUGAAUAUAUUAAAAAAAAAAAAGACUUGCAACGUUUCUUUUUAAAAAGGUAUUCAACGAGUUAGUCCGUUUUUAUGUUUUAAAAUGCAUAGUUCGUAGAACAUUUUUUUCAAAUAUUUGGAAUUGUAAUUUUCAAGCCUUUCGUUCCGUGUUAUUUCGAUAGGACUUUGUAAAGUGUAAUUAAA